AUUUUACAAGAUAGUCUAGGGAAGACCGUAACGUAAGGAACUCGCCAGCUCCAAGACAUGUUAACGUUAGACGCAAUGCUGAAACAGGGGUGGGACUUAAGGUUGUAGCUAUGCAGGUUCUCUGGAGACAGAUGAUCACAGGAACGUUGGUUCUUGUAGUUGUGAACACGCUGGUCGCCUUUAUUUAUUUAUGGCGGGACGCACGAUGCCCGUUGAGCCGGCGGGAGCAAGCCCCAAUAUCCCGGCCUCCGUUACGACCCUGUGUGGUGUCUAGAGACCAAACGGAGGACGGACUAUCGACGAUACGAAGAACGCAGAAUAUUUCACGAACGUUCUACGAUGAGUGUGUGAUGGUGAGGAAACUUCGGCAAGACGAACAGGGCAACGUACCGUUUGUGACGAGGACGGCGUUUCAGCAGACAUUGUCGCAAGUUGGAGCACAACACAGCUGCAACCAAAAUGACGCUACACAGCCAGCUAGAAUUGUCUUCGGGUCUCGCUGGAAAGAGAUAAGAGAAAGACGCCAUGUUGCCAAAAACAGAUACAACAACAGAACUGUACAUUUCCAAGAAAGCCGCCAGUACGUUGACUCGUGGUCUCCCCUGAGCUACCCGACAGGUCUGAGGGUCAGUCCGGGGAACAUCACCAAACUGGAAGGUAUUCGAGUUGCUUGGCUUGACGAAUACAUCAGCGACGCGUGGCUUAAAGAGGUGAGAUUAUCUUGUCAUCUGGGCUCUCUGGUGUUCAGCGCCGAAGUCCCGGAUGUGACAGUGACUGGAGACAACACCAGUGACGUCACUGUGUCUUCAUUCGACAUCCAUCACCUAAAUCGGCAGUUAGAGUUUCUGUACUACCACAGUGUGUCGGAGAAAACUCUAGCAAGGGACGAAGUUCAUGUCCAGUUCGGGUCCCACAAGGCUACUAUCGCAAUAAGGAUCCAACAUUUCCCGAUGUUCCACUUGUAUGACCACGGAGAAGACAACUUUGUCAAAGACAGAGUUACCGUGAUCACCAAAACCUACCUGCGCUACCCCGUGUUGAGAAAACUCAUCGACUCAGUGAACAAGUACUUCUCCGGGGUAAAGAUUAUAGUGGCAGACGACAGCGACAAGUUCGAAGACCUCAGUGAUUAUAAGAAUGUAGACCACUACAGAAUGCCUGCUCAGAAGGGUUGGUUCGCCGGUCGCAACCUAGCCUUGUCCCAGGUCACCACCGAGUACUUCUUCUGGCUCGAUGACGACAUGGUCUUUACUGAGAAGACGGACUUGAAGUUUAUGAUGAAUUUCCUGGACGAAACAGGAUAUCACAUUGUCGGAGGCCGUCUAGAAGACAGCGAGCUAACCUUCGCACAGAGGUACGACUAUGUCCCAUCUAACACGGACGACGGCGGCUGUCUCAGCCGAAAGGAGGGGUCAUACAAGGUCAUCCCCGGCUUCCCGACCUGCACUUCUACCGACAUCGUGCUGAACGUGUUCAUGGGAGAGACGCAGACGGUCCGGUCUGUGGGGUUCGAACCCAACCCUGUUUACGCGCGAGCCGCCCACAGCGAGUUCUUUGCGGAUGGUUUGGGAAGAUUCCGUGUCGCUUCUUGCACCAACGUGGAAGUCAAACAUCUCAGUGACACAUCCAACAGGCAUUAUAACAAGGCUCGUCACACCGGGGGGACCAUUAAUUACUACAAGCUAAAAUACAUCUACUUCAGAAAUAACUUGUUUAACCUCCUGAUAAAGUAAGGCGAAUGUGAUCGACAGCAUAAUUAGGAAAGGCGACGCUGUAUUUGACGAAAUAUAAUCUAAUAAACGUUGUUUCACAUGUUGCUCUCAGGUAAAUUUAAAUAAAUUGUACUCAUGGGAACGGUGGUGAAUUCAAAU